AAGGACCUUUCUGAGGUUUGUAAGUCGAACUUUCUGCCUUUCAACUAAUGCCCAAACCUCAAAUAUGUUCAAGUCUUGAUUUGAUUCCGGCAUAAUGGAACAUUAACUUCUUUUAACCCUUUCAAGCAUGUUUAUAUCAAAAAACGUAAAGUAAAAAAAAAUGGAAUAGAAUAAUUGAAUGGUCAAUGAAAAUAAAAGUCCUUUAAUUCAGAGGAGAGGCGUUUUCAUGUAAACGCGGGUUACCUGUGGCAAUGCAGAGGAGGACUAGUGACUAGUGAUAAACAACAGCGAAGAAGGCAUUGAAAACGACGAUAAACAAACUUAUUCCGGUGAGAUAAAGCUCUUAGAAAACACAAAAAGGCAAGUCCCUCUUGUCAACUUACAGAUUUUGCUCUGUCUUGAAAGUCUGAUGCUUUUGUGUUGAUUGUUUUGAAGAUCUAACCUGUUUUCGGAUUCUACUCUGUACGAUGGAUAGUUUAAUAGCAGAAACGAAAGAGGGCUCUCGGAUCGAUUGUGUUCCACAUUUCUCGCCAUCACACACAAAAGAAGCCUUUGAAGCGAUGAGAAUGAUGCGACAUAAUUCGCAGCUGUGUGAUGUUAUUCUGGUGGUCGGAGAACGAAGGAUUUCAGCACACAGACUUGUCUUAGCUUCUUGUUCGCCUUAUUUUCAUGCAAUGUUUACCAGUGAGCUAAUAGAGAGCCGUCAAAAAGAGGUUACUUUACAGCAAGUAGACCCAGAUGCAAUGGAAAUGCUGAUUGACUUCGCGUAUACCGCAACUAUUCAGGUCUGCGAGGACAAUGUUCAAACAUUACUACCAGCCUCAAGUCUUCUUCAGUUAAAUAGCGUUAUACAAGCUUGCUGUGAGUUUCUUAAAAAGCAGCUUCAUCCAUCAAACUGUCUAGGAAUUCGUUCCUUUGCUGACGCACACACUUGUGAAGAUUUGCUCGAGUCCUCGCACAAAUUUGCACUGGUGCACUUUGUUGAUGUCUCGCAAACAGAAGAGUUCCUACUUCUCUCUGCUGAGMAAGUCCUGGAGUUGAUUUCCAGCAAUGACAUUAACGUUAAAAACGAGGAGCAAGUUUUCAACGCAGUAGUUUUGUGGAUUAAUCAUGAUAAACUUAACCGAAAACAUUUUAUCAACAAGUUGCUUCCCCAAGUGAGACUUCCCUUGCUGUCAACAGAAUGCCUCACAACACGGGUAGAAACUGACGACAUUGUAAAAUCUAAUCAUGACUGCUGCAAAGAUCUUCUCAUUGAGGCUAUGAAGUACCACUUAUUACCAGAAAAAAGAUCAAUGCUUAAAAGCCCUAGGACUAAGCCACGUAGCCCUACCGGACAAGUCCCUAUUCUAUUUGCAAUCGGUGGUGGGAGCUUGUUUGCUAUCCAUAGUGAGUGUGAGUGCUAUGAUCCAAGAAUUGAUCGCUGGUACAUGAUCCCUUCUAUGUCAACUAAAAGAGCRAGAGUAGGCGUAGGAGUUGUCGAUCGUGAGAUCUAUGCRAUUGGGGGUUACGAUGGCAGUAGUGACUUAGCAUCRGUUGAACGCUAUUGCCCUCAAGGUAACCAAUGGCAACCAGUAGCACCAAUGGGAACACAGCGUAGCUGUCUUGGGGUUGCAGUGGUUAAUGAUCUCAUAUAUGCRAUUGGUGGUUAUGAUGGUGCGUCAUGUCUUAGUAGUAUUGAGAGAUAUGAUACUCUGACGGAUAAAUGGACUUCAGUUGCUGUMAUGRGYACUAAAAGACGUUAUGUGCGCGUCGGUGUUCUCAAUGGAUUGAUUUAUGCMGUUGGAGGCUAYGAUGGCAGCACACAUCUCAAUACUGUAGAGAGAUUUAACCCACUGACCAACACUUGGGAAMCUGUAGCUAAUAUGGCCAGUAGAAGGAGCAGUGCUGGUGUUGCAGUAAURAAUGAUUUACUGUAYAUUGUGGGUGGUAACGAUGGUCUGUCAUGUCUUAACACAAUGGAGUGCUACGACCCCAGCACCAACACAUGGACGACACUGACACCAAUGAAUGUUCGACGCAGCACACAUGACUUGGCUGUGCUGGGAAACUUCCUCUAUGCUGUUGGUGGCAAUGACGGCAGCUCUAGCCUGAAUAGUAUUGAAAAGUAUGACCCUGAAAGUAACAAAUGGACAUCUGUUGUCUCCAUGAGCACAAGACGUAGUAGUGUUGGAGUAACUGUAGCCAAUAUUUUACCUCUUUCAAACAUUGACUGAGUGGCAUGACAGACAGUUGUAGAAAUGACUUUGUGCUCAAAGUGAAAUGUAGUUUUAACACAAUUCUAACAUUUUUAUUAUAAUUCAAACAUUCAUUUUUAAACAGCCUUGAUAUACAUCUGAAGGCCAAGUUGUCAUUUUCAAUUUCAUCAAAUUAAUAUAUUUUUGUAUAUUAGAAAACCUUCAAAAUUUCUUUUGUAUUGUAGUUCUUUCAGACUGUCAAUCAAGUGAAAGAAGGCAUCUGAUUGGAUGUUUAGUUUGCAUAAUUUCCAUAUAAGCAUGAUAGUAAUGAAAAGGAUUUGUUUGUAAAACAUUUCAACYAAGUGAGGAUAUUUUAAAUUAUUUCAUUUUCUUAUCUCUUGUGUUCUGUGCUAUUUUCUUGCUUAUCUAGUGUUGAUCACAAAAAUAUCAUAAAAGUAAAACUUAUUACCA